UAUCAAUCAAACAGUUAAACGUGUGUCCAUAUAUAAGGCAUUUCAUUUCAGAAUUCUCAAUGUGCAACAGAGAAACUACUUAAAUACUAUUUCAUAAUAAGAACUACGUACAAAGAAUGGCCAAAAGAACAAGUCCGAUUUACAUAGGAUUCGUGAUUGUAUUGUGUGCCUCAAGCAUGUUUGUAAUUUGUAUGGGAGAAUGGGAAUCAACUUGGAGCACAAGAGCUGCAGAAGAAGCUGAGGCUGUGGCAGCAAUACCAUGCUCAGGACAUGGAAGAGCCUACUUAGAUGGUCUUAUUCUAAAAGGGCAUGAGCCUGUUUGUGAGUGCAAUCCAUGUUAUGGUGGAUCUGAUUGCUCCAACUUAUUAUCUGAUUGUGCUGCCAAUGCUGGAAGUGGAGACCCAUAUUUUUUGGAGCCAUUUUGGAUGCAACAUGCAGCAAGUAGCGCGAUUUUAGUAUCAGGAUGGCACAGAAUGGGAUAUUCUUAUAGUGAUGAAUCAUACAUCUCACAACUAUUGGUUGAGUACAUAAAAAAACUUCACGCCAUCGUUGGGAAUGCAGCCACUGAAGGCAGGUACAUUGUUUUUGGAAGUGGCUCAACGCAACUCCUCAAUGCUGCUGUUCAUGCCUUGUCUCCCAGUUCUUCAGUGUCUCCGGCAAAAGUGGUAGCCACAGCACCAUAUUAUCCCGUGUAUAGAGCACAGACACAAUUUUUCAAUUCUAGAGAUUUUAGUUAUGAAGGAGACACGUCCUUGUGGAAAAACAGCACAGAUAGCAACUCUAGAUUUAUUGAGUUUGUGACUUCACCAAACAAUCCCGAUGGAAAGUUGAACAAGGGAGUUCUCAAAGGCCCUAAUGUCAAAACCAUUUAUGAUCGAGCCUAUUAUUGGCCACAUUUCACUGCUAUUCCUUCACCAGCUGAUGAUGAUCUAAUGCUGUUUACAAUUUCCAAGCUCACAGGCCAUGCUGGGAGUAGAUUUGGAUGGGCAAUAAUAAAGGAUGAGGCAGUAUAUCAAACGAUGUUGACAUAUUUGCAAUUGAACACCUUUGGAGUUUCCCGUGACGCUCAGCUGAGAGCUUUAAAGCUUUUGGACGUGGUUCUUGAAGGAGAUGGAAAAGAAUUAUUCCAGUUUGCAUAUUCAACCUUGAAAGAUCGUUGGAGGAGGUUGAAACAAAUCAUAUCUGAAUCAAAACGGUUUUCUCUACAGAAUUUGUCUCCCCAAUACUGUACCUUUUUCAAGAGGGUCAAAGAUCCUUCGCCAGCAUACGCUUGGUUAAAGUGUGAGAGACAACAAGACAAGAAUUGCUAUGAAAUCCUUGAAGCUGCUGGCAUCAUUGGCCGUCAAGGCAGUGACUAUAGUGCUGAUAAUCGUUACCUGCGUCUCAGUCUCAUUAGGAGCGAAGAUGAUUUUGAGAUACUAAUAAACAAGCUUAAAAAUCUAGUUCCAACGGAAAAGGAAACCAAGGAUUUUAACAACUAGUUGAUUUGUAAGAAUAUUAAGGAUAAUGAUUUGAGAGAAUACCAAGAAUUGAAAACAUGAGAAAAUUUCAAUUUUUAAUUCA